AUGGCCUUCGCCGGCCAAACCCCCACCAUUGUCGUGCUGAAGGAGGGCACCGACGCUUCUCAGGGCAAGGGUCAGAUUAUCUCCAACAUCAAUGCAUGUGUUGCCGUACAGUCGACCGUUAAGAGCACCUUGGGCCCCUAUGGAGGUGACCUCCUGCUUGUGGACAGCAAUGGAAAGACAACAAUUACAAACGAUGGAGCGACAGUGAUGAAGCUUCUGGAUAUUGUGCACCCCGCCGCCCGCAUCCUCACUGAUAUCGCCCGAUCCCAAGAUGCCGAAGUCGGUGACGGAACUACCUCGGUCGUCGUUAUCGCCGGUGAGAUUCUGAAGGAGGUUCGGGAUUUGGUUGAGCAGGGCGUUAGCUCGCAGACUAUCAUUAAGGGUCUGCGGAGAGCCAGUGGUAUGGCGGUCAACAAGAUCAAGGAGAUCGCCGUGGAGAUGAUCAACUCUGCUGAGAGCGAGGAGAAGAAGAUUGAGACCCUCCGACGACUAGCCGGUACAGCCAUGAACAGCAAGCUCAUCAAGCGGAAUCAGGAGUUUUUCACAAAGAUGGUUGUCGAUGCGGUGCUUACCCUGGACCAGGACGACCUGAACGAAAAGUUGAUCGGUAUCAAGAAGAUUACUGGUGGUGGUCUCCAGGAGUCCCUUUUCGUGAACGGUGUCGCUUUCAAGAAGACCUUCUCCUACGCCGGUUUCGAGCAGCAGCCCAAGUUCUUUAAGGAUCCCAAGAUUGUGUGUCUCAAUGUCGAGCUGGAGUUGAAGAGUGAGAAGGAUAAUGCGGAGGUUCGCGUUGAGCAAGUCUCCGAGUACCAGGCUAUUGUCGAUGCCGAAUGGCAGAUUAUCUACAACAAGCUUGACGCCAUCUACAAGACCGGUGCCAAGGUUGUUCUUAGCAAGCUUCCUAUUGGUGAUCUUGCUACCCAGUACUUUGCGGACCGUGACAUCUUCUGUGCUGGUCGUGUCGCUUCCGACGACAUGGACCGUGUGUGCCAGGCUACCGGAGCCGCUACCCAGUCGACUUGCAGCGACAUCCAGGACCGCCACCUCGGUACCUGUGGUGCCUUUGAGGAACGCCAGAUCGGUGGAGAGCGUUUCAACUUGUUCUCGGAGUGCCCUGCUGCUAAGACCUGCACCUUGGUGCUGCGUGGUGGUGCUGAGCAAUUUAUUGCGGAGGUUGAGCGCAGUCUGCACGACGCUAUUAUGAUUGUCAAGCGCGCUCUGCGCAACACCACCAUCGUUGCUGGUGGAGGUGCUACUGAGAUGGAGCUGUCAGGUUACCUGCACGGCUUUGCUGACCGUAAUGUUCCUCACAAGCAGCAGGCUGUUGUCAAGGCCUUCGCCAAGGCCCUGGAGGUGAUUCCCCGCCAGCUUUGCGAUAACGCUGGUUUCGACGCCACCGACAUCCUGAACCGUCUUCGCGUGGAGCACCGCAAGGGCAACGUGUGGGCCGGUGUGGACUUUGACAACGAGGGUAUUAGAGACAACAUGGUUGCUUUUGUUUGGGAGCCUAGCUUGGUCAAGGUCAAUGCUAUCCAGGCUGCUGUGGAAGCGGCCUGCUUGAUUUUGAGUGUGGAUGAGACGAUCAAGAACGAGGAGUCUGCUCAGCCUGGAGCCCCAAGUCGUGGCCUUCCCCCCGGUGCCGCCCAGCGGGCUCUUCGCGGCCGUGGCCGUGGAAUGCCCCGUCGCGGGUAA